AUGGCGAGGCAAAGAGAUAAAGACGAAGAUGGACGGCUCAACUUUCAUGAAUACUUAACAAGUUUAUUUCGCUUGAUAAAAAAAUAUGACAAAUUUUCUAGUUCAACUCAUGAGGCAAGUAGAUCACGUGAGACACAAGUUAAACAAUCCUUUGCCCGACUUUACUUGGAUCAUGAUGGUUAUCUAUCUGCAAAUGAACUGAAACCCAUCAUUAAUGAUCUGCACCUAUCAGAACGAUUCUUUGCAAGACAGCAAGCUGAUGAUGUAAUUUCCCAGGCAGAUGCAGAUAAAGAUGGUCGGUUAAGUCUGAAAGAGAUGAUCGACAACCCUAAUGUUGAAGUGCUAACAGAUGUAAAUGGUGCAUGUUGUUUUCUUAAAUUUUAUCGCCAAUAG